CCCCCGGCCGUCUCUAGGGGGAGGCUCCAGUCCGGCCUGAGGCACCGCCCAACUCCCGCCCCUCGAGAGUGGGCUCGGGAUGGGGCGGCUCGCUGGGCUCGGCGCACAGGGCACCAUGCAGCAGCCGGGACCCGGGAGUAUCAACUGCGAGCCGGGCUGGUACCUGUCUGCCCGCGAGCAGGAAGAGGAGCAGGAGUCCGCCCCGUUGCUGCCCCCAGCGCCGCUGGGCAAUAGCGCUCUGACUCAUGCAUCUUCAGGUGUUUCCUUUGGUUUCUCAGUAUUUAAUUUAAUGAAUGCAAUCAUGGGAAGUGGAAUACUUGGUUUAUCUUAUGCCAUGGCCAACACAGGGAUCAUUGGAUUUAGCAUCUUGCUGCUGAUUGUUGCCAGCCUUGCUUCUUACUCUGUAUUUCUACUGCUUAGUAUGUGCAUUCAGACUGCUGUCACUUCUUAUGAAGAUCUUGGUCUCUUUGCAUUUGGAUCACCUGGGAAGGUUAUUGUGGGAAGUACGAUAAUUAUUCAGAAUAUUGGAGCUAUGUCAUCUUAUCUUUUAAUUGUUAAAUCUGAGCUGCCUGGUGCAAUUGCAGGAUUCGUAAGUGGAAAUGACAGCGGGUCAUGGUAUCUUGAUGGCAGAGUGCUGUUACUGAUUACUUCAGUCUGCAUUGUUUUUCCCCUUGCACUUCUUCCGAAAAUUGGCUUUCUUGGCUAUACAAGUAGUUUAUCAUUUUUCUUUAUGGUGUACUUUGCUCUUGUGGUUGUAAUAAAAAAAUGGUCCAUCCCUUGUCCACUGACAUUAAACAGCCCUAUAGAGAUCUUACAGAUUUCAAAUUCUACUGAGGAUUGUAAAGCAAAGCUCUUUCAUUUUUCUAAGGAGAGCGCUUAUGCCAUCCCAACCAUGGCCUUCUCGUUUCUCUGCCAUACCUCAGUAUUGCCCAUUUACUGUGAGCUCCAAAGUCCAUCGAAAAGCAGAAUGCAGAAUGUAACCAACACAGGAAUUGGUCUGAGUUUCCUACUCUAUUUUGUGUCUGCCUUGUUUGGGUACCUUACUUUUUAUGACAAAGUGGACUCAGAAUUACUGCAAGGUUACAGCAGGUACCUACCGCAUGAUAUUGUCAUCAUGACUGUAAAACUAGGCAUGCUAUUUGCUGUGAUUUUGACAGUGCCUCUCAUCCAUUUCCCUGCAAGGAAGGCUGUAAUGAUGAUAUUUUUAUCUCAUCUUCCUACUUCAUGGAUUUGCCAUAUCCUUGUCACUUUAGCACUCAAUGCAAUCAUUGUUUUGCUUGCAUUGUAUGUGCCCGACAUUAGAAAUGUAUUUGGAUUAGUUGGUUCCACCACAUCUACAUGUUUGCUCUUUGUGUAUCCUGGACUGUUUUAUCUUAAACUUAGCAGAGAGGACUUUAUAUCACGACAGAAGCUUGGGGCUUGUGCAUUGUUUAUUUUUGGCAUACUUGUUGGUCUCUUAAGUUUAGCCUUAAUCAUUUUCAAUUGGAUUAAUCAAUAAAAUCCCUUCCAUUGCUUCUUGAGCUGGACUUGAGAAAGACAAUGCGAGCAAAGACUUCCAGCAACAUAUUGCAAAUUCUCAACUGAAUGCUGGACAUCUUCACGAAGAAACCCUUCAGGAGCUGUGUAUGAAACAAGUAACAUUUUGUUUGUUUACACUCAUGUCUGUUUCUUUGACUGGUUUACUUCUUGCACAAUUAAACUCUUCCAUUCUACAGAUAUAUUAGUCUUAAAAUGACUUAACGUUACCCAGGUGAAGAGGUCACUUUACGAGAGGACAUUAUAUAGUGUGCUUACAAUGCAAAAAUAUUUUGUUUAAGGCUUUCAGAUCUUAGAGUCAGAGGUUUGCAUCUGCAUCUGAACCGGCCCAGGCACCAAGAGCUGAAAGGGGCUUAUUUCCUGUGUUCUGGCUUGGAUUCAGCUGUUUUCCCAUGAGAUGGGCAGAUUUUACAAAAACUUGUGCCAUUCAUAAUACUGGAAGUCUCACAACAGCAAUUGCAAAUCCUUUUAUAUCACUUUCAUUAAAAUAGCUUGCAAAAUUUUACCACCCUCGCGUUGAAAUCUUGAAACUGAUUGGUCUCCACACUGUCACCCUACCCAAUAGGAAGAUUUCCCCUCCCAUCAGCAUGUUCUUCUAUUUGAAAUUGCACUUUAAAUUAUGUAUAGUUUAUACUUCAGUGUAUUUAGGCCUUCUUGGAAUGAGUGUGUCAAAUAAACUCUGUGCCCUUCUAGGAUAUUUGAUGUGUAUUUUGGAAGUGCUAGCAAUAAUUUUUAUUUUGCACUUAAGAUCUUCCAGCAUUUCCAUUACAAAUGUAUUCAAAGCAUUUAGAGGCCUGAUUUUUUUAAAUUUUUUAAGCCCCCUGUCUCUCACAGGUGUAACUCGGUUAGCUUCCACUGGAGAUACUCUCAUAAGUAUUACAGCAAGAAGGAACCAUUAUGAUCAUCUAGCCUGAUUUGCAUAAGACAGGCCAUAAAACUUCAUUCAGUGAUUCUGGCUUCUCGCCCAAUAAUUUAUGGUUGAACUAGAGUGUGUCUAAAUUUUACACUGGUGUUAGUUAGAGAAGAAUCAGACUCCAAGAGUGAAAUCCUAUUGAAGUUAAUGGGACUUUUGCCAUAUAGGACCAGAGUUUCACCCCACAUUGCUAAACUCUUGCGUAUCCCCUUAUGCACUAUUUAUGCUUAAAAUGAAAUCUGAAUGCCAUUUUCAGCACCAGUUGGACUUCCUCUGAGGUCUAAUCCACACAAUGCUGAAAAUGGUAUUGGCAGCCCAGAGCCAACAUUGCUCACACCAGAGGAGCUGAAACAGUGAUAGGAAUGAUGGUCAAUUUUUAAAAAUGUGUUCGUUGUAGAGAAUAUCCUUUAAAACGAAAACGCUCUAAUCUAUAGAUUUUUAUCUUCUAAGGAAGUUAAGACUCCACAGAAAUGAGACCUACAUAAAGUUAAGUAAUUAGACCUCAGACUGGAGCAGCACGAUUUAGAGGCUUGGAAACUUCAUUAUUUCCAGAUGUGAUAUUUCUUUUAAUCUGAUUUACUACUUACUUUUACAUCUGAAAUGUAGAAUAAGAUACAGAAGUGAAACGCUCUAAAGUAACAUUUAUGCAAUUCAGCUGAAUUUUGUAACUUUAAUUUAAAGUAAACUCAGCUGACACAAUUUUCAGUUGUGCAGUUGAGGGAAGUCAGAUGCAAAGAUAGCUCUGAUCACCAGCUCUAGUCCUGGGCCAACAGAGGGCCAAACAGGACUGCUUCAACUUCCAACCACAAGAAUGGGUACAGUCUAUUCUGCGAACCCAGGAUUCCUCCAUGCCAAAGAGAAAUCUCAGCUACCCUUUGAGUCUACUAUAGAGACAGACCAAUGUGCUGCUUUGAUGGAGCAAAGUGACCUGAUCAGGGCCCAGGAUCUGACCUUAGGAGUUUCUGUAGCAUAUUUCUCUUGUCUUCGUGAAUGAACAUAAUAUAACUCAUGACAGUUUACAGUGUAGCCCUGAGCUGAACAAAACUGUUGGGGAAAGUUUGGAUACCGCUGAACAUAAGAAGUUUCCUGCCUCCUUUGAUCAAGGGAUUGGCAGUGUGGAUUACUGUGGAAGCCUAGAACAAACAAACAUGAAGGAGGCUCUCUAUCCUGCCUUUGAUCCCUCUUGCAAUUAUUCCCACAUUUUACUCCCGAUAAACAAAUAUCACUAUCUUUUCUUCCCAUGGUAUGUCUUAAUUUCCCCCUUCUCCUAAAUGUUCAGCUGCUCAGAUAUUUCAAUGAGUAGUGUGAAAACCUAAAUCUUGGGUAACCUAAACUUAAAUCUUGGAUAGCUGUUACAGAGCCAUCUUGGGUAAAUGUGACAGUGGGGACAAUUGUGAAUCAACUACUUUUUUUUCAUAUGUGGCCUGAUCCAAAGACUAUUUGAAGUCAAUGAGCAUCUUUCUAUUCAUUUGAAUGAGCGAUGAUUCAGUCUCGAUGUUUACUUGUAGCUUUUUUGCAAGGACACUAAUAAUCUACAAGAAUAUUAAUCAAAAUUUAGGGAAAUUUCUGUGGGGAUUCUUUAUUUCACAUAUUACUUUGCCCUGCUCUCAUAUCUUAAUAUCUGGUAAUAUCUGCAAGACAUAAUUAUGGUAAUCUAAAAAAGUAUUUUAAACUGCACAGUAAGUUAACAUUAAAAACUUAAUUGGGUGAACUGGAAAGCUUAUAAAAACCUGGCAAGAUCUGCAGUUUUCUUAUACCUCCCUAGAAAAAAAAUGAAAGUUGUGCCCAGCAUUAAAUCUAAUACCCUGCUCUUCUGAAAGGACUGGAUUUACAAUCGGGUUUAUGUGCAUAAUUUUGAAGACUGCAAUUAAGGAAAUUUCUGAAAGCAUAUGAACAUACCAAUGCUAUAUUUCCCAUUUAAAAUACAAACUUUACACUGUAAUAUAGGUAAACAUGACACUUUUAACAUCGCUGGGUAUUGCCAAAGAACUAAGCUUUUAAAUGGCUAAUACUAGUUUGUGAAGUUACUACUCCAUUAAGGGGAAUGGAAGCAAUUCACACCUCUGUUGGAGCUGUAUUAUUUUAGUCUAGGUGCAGAGUAGUGCAGACAAGACAGCAGUGCAUUGAUUUAUAGUAUCAGGGUUAUCUUCACAAGGAGAAGAGUUACAAAUGUUGCUUUUUAAAAGAAAUAUAUCUAUAGGAAAUUAAGUUUGGCAGAACCUAAAAUCUAGAGAAAUAAGCUGAAUUUCCAGAAUACCUACACUUCUAUUGUCCUUGCUCGUAUGCUUGCCUAUACUGUGGGAGAGUCACUGGAUAAAAGCUACCAUUUCUCUCCCCUCAUUAAUUAUAUCGGUAUUUUAUACCAUUGUCCUCAUGUCAACAUUAUCUUUAAAAUUUAUUUACUGCUUUAUAAAUAAGUUAAAUGGAAAUAGAGGGAAAAGUGGACCAUGCGUUUACCGGGUCGUUAGCACUAAUGUAGCUACAGUAACAUAGUGAUACCAGUACAAAUUCGCAGUGUAGCUGCAUUGCAUCAGUGCAAAAUAGGGCUUGCACCAAUGCGACUUACAAGAGAGCUGGAUGAAAACUUUUCAUUGAAUUUUUUUAUGAAAACAAAUUUUUAAACAGAUUUUUUUUGUAUGAUCAUUUCUGUUUUUCAUUGAUAUUUUUCAAAUUUGUGUUGAAAAUUCAAAAACCCAAUUAAGAAAAAUGCACUUUUCAAAAACUAGGGAAAAUUUUUCUUUGAACAUUUUUUUAAAAUAAAGUAGCUCUUUCAGCUAGCUUCACUUAGCCGAGCGAGCCCCAUUUAGUGCUAGCUAGUUCAAUAUGUCUGUUAGGUGUUUGCAUGAUAAUGUUACACCAGUGCAACCCCAGAGGGUUUGAACCAAUGAUUUUUCCCCCCAAUCCCGCGCUCAUAAUCUAUGUAUCUUUUUCUGUAGUUGGGUGAGUGUGUGUGUAUCCUAAAUGAAAAUGCUGAUCAUUGUAAGAGAGAUGCAGGUGAAUUGGGAGAGAUAUAAAUGAUUUGGGAACAUUUUUAGCCUAAAUAAAUCAGUCUCUCUCCCAUUGCCCUUGCCCGCACGUUUUGAAUGAUCAAAUUACAGAGCUAUCUGUGUUUAGCUAGGUGAAUACGGUAUUUCUGUUCUAGUCUCUCGUUACUGUAAAUGUUGGAAGCAGAGUUAAGGAAAAUGAAGUUAUGAAUAAAGGAGCUUGCUUGUACUCAUUGUAACAUGUUUUUAGUUUUUGCGAAAUUCUGACAUUUUUCUAUAUUUUAGUCGGUGCUAUCUGGUAAGCAGUUUGCCUCUUAAUAUUUACAUAGUGCUUCGUUGUCACAGCACUAGGAAUGUAAUCUAAUUAAGAUUCUCUGCUGUAUAUAUCCCUGUACGUUUAACACAGUUGAGUCUCUUGUGCCUUUUGUUUCACUACAUGGUAGGUCUAAGGCCUUGUUUACAUUACUGUGGUAAGUCAACCUAAGUUACGCUAUGCUAGCUACGUGAAUAAUGUAGCUGGAGUCAGUGUAGCUUAGAUCGACUUAUUGUGGUUUCUACACUGUGCUGCGUCGACGGUAGUACCUUAAUCUUCUUGUUCCGGUGGAGUACCAGAAUCGACUGGAGAGCGCUAUGUGGUCGAUUUAGCGAGUCUAGUGAAAGACCCACUAAAUCAACCCCUGCUGCAUCAAUUGCAGCAGUGUCAAGUGUAAGUGUAGUAAGUGUAGACAUGGCCUUAGAUGAACUGAAUAGUCAUGUUCUGAUGUAUAUUUUUGUAUAACAUUCCCAUUAUUUUCAAUUGGACUGUCACUGAGCAGAAAGUGUUUUUAAUUUAACAGCCCAACUAUUUAAAGAUGCAUUGUGCAGAGGAUAUGGGAUGGAAUGUAUAGUGUUUAUUUCUGAUAAGAAGUGUGGUGGGAAUUGUCCCAUUUUUUGGAGGAUUCCUUCCAUGCAGCACUUGAAGUCAUGCCUGGCCAGAAUUCUGAAAUAAUUUAAUAAAUGUCUGAUCAAUUUGAAUGCAUCAUAUUUCACACUCAAGAACAGUAGAAAUUACAUCCUACUAAUUAUAACAAAAUAAUUAUGUACUGGUGCAAUGCUAUCGCUGUCGUUUUUGUCACUGUUCUGAUAAUACCCACUUUGAGAUACAUGCUUAAACAGCUGAUGUUUACAAUGUUUUCAUGAGAGAGAAAAUAAGCUUACAAUCCUAUUCAUACAUUUCUCGUGCUCUGUGAAAAUGUAAUUUUAUGUGGGUAAAAAUAGUGUAUACAUUUAGUUCCCAAAGUUCAUUUUUUAAAACACUGUGAAGCACCUAUUUUACUGGAGACACUAACACUCUGUAUAAAACUGGCUCAGAAUCAGGACCCUCGUUAUGAAGACAGUUUUGCCAAACGUGAAUUCAGAUAUUUUUUUUUUCUUUCUCAGAGGUAUGAAUUUCUGUGUAUGUGCAAAUAAACUAUGCAACGAUG